AUGGAGAGCGUUCCUCUGACGCUGGCGCACACUCAUGCGCGGAAUGCUAUGUUAGAGACUCGAAAGUCGAAUCCAGUCGCAGCGAGUGAGGAACAUGACUUGGCGGCAGGGGAAUUUGCGACUGCAUCGCAGCAUUGCUUGGAUGCUUACGCUCUACGAACUUUGAAACUGCUCGAAGAAGAGCAUAAAAGGCUUGCUACCCUCCUACGCUCUCAGCAUGAACACCCUGCCAGCAUUCCAAGCUCCGAGCCACCAACAACAUCUCCUGCACAAUCUAAUGCCAGGGACCACCUUGACGCCUCUGGCCCUUCCAAGAGUACACCUUUAGCAUCUGGGCCGGCAAACGAUCUCCUACAACAGCCACCGAGGCUUCCAGGGCAUAAUCGACAGUUGCAAAGAGACACCUCAUCGAUUGCCAGCAACCUUGCGUCUGCUCGUGGGAUCCCUUCCUACCCGCGCCGAGCUUCUCCCGUUUCUCCGACACUCUCAGCUCAACCUGCUGGUGGCCAAUUAACAGAUUCUCCAUCUCGAGCCAAGACAAGUGAGGGAAGGUUGCGAGAACGAGCUGGCAAAACCUCGCACGCACCUAGACAGCCAUGGUCCUCCCCCUCCAUCAGCCCGACUGAGAUUACAUCACGUCAGAUCGUUCCAGCCGAUACUCACGAACUAGAACGGAAACGAGGGCUCGUCUCUGGAACUGACGAGACUUUUCAACGAUUUUAUUCGACAUUCGAGGGUCUUAUUUCCAAAUUAUCUGCCCCCUUGGCAUUUGCUGGGCUUCCUCUAGGCACUGAUGCUUCUGAUCCUGCUCGACAGAAGUCCUCUGCUGAAACCAAGAUCGACCGAAAUCAUGCAGUUUCACAACGUUCUAGCGCAUCUGCCGAGCCGGACAUCAAUAAUUUGUUUUCGCGUGCUGCUUUAAGAGCGGUCCGCGAUGCCAAUGGGGGGAUGCCUAGCAAUGGCACGGAAUCCUUCUAUGUAGUACCAACCACAGGUGGAACUGUUUCCUAUGCUGGCAUCCUGUCUCGUGCAGAGAAAGAAGCCAGACGUGGCAGUAUGGAUGACGGCGGCGAUGAAGAUUUUGUAGAUGCAAGAGAGACGCCGGCUUCACCAGAGAUGCGGCAGAGUCUGACAGGAAGCCGGUCAAGGUUGGCGCGUGGUGGUUCUGACAAAGGUAGCAAAACGCUGGAAGAAUUGCGCAUGGAAAAUGACGCAUUAAGACAAUUAUCCGAUCAACUUUCCAAACGCCUUCACAUGUGGGAGGUGAAUGCUCAAUCAUCCUCUAUGGCUCUCCAGCAGUCUCUGAAAGCAAUGCAUCACCAGCAAUACAAUUCUUCAUCGCCAACUGCAUCCUCGGCAAUUCCCACACCACAUCCCAUUAUAAGCAAUAAUACUCCAUCGACGUUCGACAAUCACGAGAAACGCAUCAAGGAACUUGAAGAUAUCAUCCAGCGCUCUGAGAAGGAAAAGAACAUGGUUGUCCGCGAAAACGAGAAACUCAAGUCUGUCCUAGGCAGGUACCGUGAGAGAUGGGAAAAGCUCAAGCAAGGCGCGAAGACAAGAAGGAAUGCUGCAGAAUAUACUGCAGCUGCCAUCAGUAGUCCUGAUGCAACCCCGGUAUUGCAACAGACCGAGGGAAAUACAUCAUCAGCAGAUCCGAAUGAAAACACACAAAUGCCAAAUGAUGAGGAUGUUGGUUGA